UCUCAGAGGGUUGCCCAACUGAGCAGGAGAAGCUGAAGCGGAGCCUCACAACAACCUUAAAAUGGCCAGGAUAAGGGUUCAUGAGUUGAGGGAAAAGUCAAAGACAGAGCUCCUAGCUCAGUUGAAGGAGCUCAAAGCAGAACUAGCCCUCCUCCGAGUUGCAAAGGUUACUGGGGGUGCCCCAAACAAGCUCUCCAAGAUAAAGGUGGUGAGGUUGUCAGUGGCGCAGGUGUUGACUGUGAUAUCACAGAAACAGAAAGCCGCACUCAGGGAAGUUUACAAGAAUAAGAAGUUUCUGCCUCUUGAUCUCCGUCCCAAGAAAACCCGUGCUAUUCGCAGACGUCUUACUAAACACCAGGCAUCUUUGAAGACAGAACGUGAGAAGAAGAGGGACAUUUACUUCCCAAUUAGAAAAUAUGCAAUCAAAGCAUAGGGUAUUCUGUAGCGCAUUUGAUAUAGUUGUAGCCAUGUUGAGGCAACCAUUUUACUUCUUUAUUCUUGUUGGAGUACUUAUUUAGUUUUUUUAUCUUGAAAUUCAGAAUUUGUGUUCUUUGGAUUCGAUCAUAUUGCAUAUCCUUAUAUGGUUUUACUGGAAAAGUCAUUGACUGA